AUGGCUCAGCCUCACGAUCUCAUCCCAAUGCAAGAUGAUAUCAAACCCAAUAUUCUCUGCAGCGAGCCCACCGAAAAUACUACCUUUUCACACCUCACCCCCGAACACUACAUCAGAGCCAGCAAAAACGGUCCACUCGCCUCAAUGCCUACCGGAUGGUCUCGUUUCCAGUCGCGGUCUCCAGUAAGAUAA